AUGGAUCUCUUCAACAACAAAAAAGGCCGCGACCUUGCGUCCAUGCCAGGAACUUGCGAAGCACUUGUCAUGCAAGCUGUCCUAAAUAACUCGCUGCAACUCGCCCCAGGCAAGGCGUCCGGCGUUUGCGGAGAUCCUCACAUCCAAAAAUGGGACGGCAAUUACUUUGAUUACCAUGGCGAGUGCGACCUUGUCAUGUUGAACGCCCCAGACUUUGGUGGUGUUCAUGAUGGCCUGCAUAUUCAAAUUCGCACCAAGAUCCGCUAUGCUUAUAGCUACAUCACCAGCGCAGCAAUUAAGAUUGGAAAUGAUGUCUUAGAAGUUGCAAGCUUCGGUCAGUACAUGGUAAACAAGAUCGCAGCAGCCGACCUGACAGAGGCUUCAUUGUCUGGCUUCGAAGUGACCCAUCAGAUUGUCGAUGAAAAGCGGCACUCGUUCAUGAUCCAAGUUGGACGCGUUUCGCUCGCGAUUAGUACUCUGAAGGACAUUGUUUCAGUUCACGUGCUCCGAGGAGAAGACAAUGUUACCGGCAGGUGGUUUGCAAACAGUACUGGAUUGAUGGGGUCUUUUCCAACCGGUGAGAUGUUGGCACGCGAUGGAUCUACGGUGCUUCAUGAUCCAAAUGAUUUUGCCCAGGAGUGGAUGGUUCAAAGCAGUGAACCCCAGCUUAUCGAUCGCCUUACCCACCACCAUACAGUUUGUGUGCUCCCCGCCCAGGGUGUCAAGAUGACACGUCGCCUUGGAGAAGGCAUCGGUCUCAGGGAUGCGGAAGAGGCGUGUUCCCGUUUUCAUAGAGCUGGCAACCAGCAGGCCAUGGAAGCGUGUAUUUCCGACGUUAUUGCCAUGAACGACCUGGACAUUGCUGCGAUCUCCUACUGA